UUUUGCUUUUUAUCCUUUCUGCAAGUGUGUCUAAAUAGGGCAAGUUUAGAUGUAGUUGUGGGCAAGUUUAGAUGCAAUGUAAAUGUGAGUGUUGGGAGCAUGAUAGAGGCUCUUAUAAUCUUUUCUAGCGACCUUGUUCAAGUUGUUGCCAAGGGGGUUUUACAGCCAGCAGAUGGUGUAAAUGGUAAUGUUACAGAUUACAACGUUCAAGCUGCGGUUACCAAUGGUUAA